AUGGCCCAAAUGACAAAGACUAUAUCAGAGAUAUCUGAUUUAUUAGAAUUGUCGGAACAAACACGUGAUGUAGUAUUUGAUAGAUACUUUAGGGAUAGCACAAUGGUAAAAUCAACUUUGGAGCUUUUAAAGAAAGGACUUGGUUGCGAAGCAAAUAUACAAUCAAAGGAAAAGAUGAUCAAACCAAAGAAACACAUGAUCUUUUUGGAUGAUAAUUAUACAUUCUUUAGAAUAGAGAAGAAAAAAUCAAGAAAAGGAAAUGUUUUAUUGAAAGAUAUCAAAAAGGUUAUCACUGGUAAUUCCUUUACCGAUUCUGGAGCUUUCUUCAAGUAUGCAGAACAUUUAAAAUCAAAGAAGAAGGAGCAUGGAUAUAAUGUUGAUCGUACCAUUACAAUUAAAUAUGGAUCAGCUCAAGAACAGUUAGAUAUUAUAUUUUCAAAGACAGAAGAAUUUAUUUCCUUCCUCGUUUCUUUAAAUUAUUUGUUAAGAUCUAUUCACUUGAAAGAUACUCCUCCGAUGAGUGUUAUCAUGAUGAGAUAUUGGAUGAUGGCUGAUGAAAAUAAUGAUAACAAAUUAUCCAUUCAAGAAUUUGAUGUUGCUGCACCUGAUCUUGCCAACCUCCAAAUCUCAAUUUGGGAUAAGAAUAAGGUCUCAGCUGACAAAUUCGUUUGUGAAAACAUUAUUCCAGUUACUGCUCUCAGAGAGGGAUCUUUAAGAAGUGUUCAAAUGUAUGAUGAAGAUAUGAACCUCAUUGAAGGAUGUUAUAUUUAUGUUCAUCACCUUUAUGAUUGUGCCCUAAAUUCAUUCAAGAAUAAUCCAAAUGCUAAAGUUGUUAAAAUUCAACUUGGAACUUUCAGCCAAAUUCACAUUUCAAAUGAUGAGAAUUUGAUUAGAGAAAUCCUUGUAAAAAAGUACAAGACUGUCUCAAAGGGAAACUUGUUCGAACCAGUUGGAAUAUUUGGUCCGAAUAUUUUCUCAGCCGAUUCCAAUGAUCCAAUCUGGAGAAAGCACAGAACUCUAGCAAAUCCAAUAUUCAGCAGUUCUUCUCACUUGAAGAACGUCUUUAGAGUUACUCUUGAAGAAUGCAAAAAGAUGAUCAAAUUUUGGAAAUCAAUUUAUGGCUCAGAAUCAGAUGGUACAAUUAGAAAGGUAAACAUUAGUAAUGAACUCAAAUCAAUAACUUUAGAUGUAAUUAAUAGAGUUGCUUUUGAUUAUGAUGUUGGAAUUUUUGAUAAGGAUGCUGCCCAUAGAGAUGGAAUUCAUGAUUGGAUCAAUAACUUACUCAAUGGUUUGAUCUAUAAUUUCGUACUACCAAAAUAUUUAUUUGAGAUUAUCCCAUUUGGUUUCUUUAAAAGAUACAAAGAUGCUAAGGAAAAAUUCAAACAAGCAACCUACUCUAUGAUUGAAAAGAAACAACAAGAAUUCGAUGAUCAUACCUAUCUAGAAAAGGAUGAUGAGGAUUUAUUGACCUUGCUGUUAAAAUCAUCUGCUGCUGCCACAAAAGAGGAGGAAAAGUUGUCCAAGUCUGAAUUGUUAUCUGCUAUUUUUAUUGUCUUAUUUGCUGGGUUUGAG